AAGAUGGAUGGACGCCAAAUAUCAGUGUAUAAACCCUACGAAAAGGACGGAAAUAGAUUAGAAUACCCGGAAUCUUACUAUGAGCCAACGUCGAGCGAGUUGGCGAGAGCGCAUACAGCGACGAGCAAGCGUCUAGAAAGCCAGUAUGAAGGACCACUUAAGACGAAAGCUAUUAGGGAGAAAGAGGAGAGACAACGCAAAGCUAAAUGGCCAACUACCAAAAUACGCAUAAAAUUCUCAGAUAGGAGUAUAAUACAGUCAGAAUUCAACAGCGUUGAUCAAAUUGGACGCGUGUAUGAUUUCGUUAAAUUGGCUUUAGACGAUAAGUACAUAAAUGAGGAUUUCUUGCUAUAUCAAAGUCCACCUAGGAUUGAGUUCAAAGUUACAGAACAAAAGUCAUUAAUCGAUUUAGGACUCGCACCAUCGUCUAUUUUAAUGAUAAAGUUCGCUAAUGAGAGCUUAAACGCGACAAAUUCUAAAGCACCCCUAAAGGGUAGCCUAGUCGAGUCUGCAGACUCGCUGCCUACACCACCGUCAUUUGAUACGCCAAUGGUUGAGCAGAAAGAAAAGAAGAAAGUAGAAACAGAAGACAAAAAGGAGAAGAAGAUACCGAAAUGGCUUUUAAAAGGUUUGAAAAAGUGAAAUUUGUACUGCCCUUAUUUUUUAUCGUACAUAUCCUUUAGAUUCCAUCAUUCUUGUUAUCAGAUGUCAAAAAACGCAUACGAUAGACACAAACAAUGGAAAUAUGAACAAGAGAAGAUAUACAGGAGGGAUUUUAACCUGGAAGCUGAAAGAGAUAAGGGAGUCACAGAAUUUGAUCUUAUAAAGCAGAAUCACAAAUUCCUUAAAGAUGAAGACCUAUACGAUAGUGAUGAGGAAGUUAAGGAGACUACAGAAGAAGUCACAGACCCGUAUGCGCAGAAGCUAUCUGAUAAAUACUACGACUCAUUGUAUAAAGAAUUCGCCAUAGCUGAUCUCAAGCAUUACAAAACACAAAUAAGCCUUCGCUGGCGGACGAAACAGGAGGUUGUGGAUGGUGUCGGAGAGACAAGCUGCGCUAAUAUACGUUGCAUGACACGAGAAUCAAAAUUGAUACCUUUCGAAUUACCAUUUAACUACAAAGAAAAUGAUAUAGCAAAGAACGCAGAAGUUAAGGUCGUUUUAUGUAGGCAUUGUUCAAAAAAGUUGUCAUACAAGCAAGACAAAGACAAAGAAGAAAAUCUCAUACGAUCCAGACGAGAACAUAA